AUGUUCCUUGCCUUCGAUAUCAUGGGCAAGGUAGCCUUCGGUAAGGACUUCGAUUGCCUGAUUGAAGGAAGAGAACAUCCCGCCAUCGGUGGAAUGGAUGAAAGUAUGGAGACCAUCAACACCAUUGGUCAGAUCCCCUGGCUCUUGUAUUAUCUCUCCCGCAUCCCAGGCGCCACAGCAGGCUAUACCGAGUUCUUCAAGAUGUGCUCCGACACGAUUGAGAAGAAGCUUGACCCUAAUCGGGCUGAACAGCGUUGGCAACCUGAUCAAGCUCCAAGUGAUAUCAUGUCUUGGCUUCUGAAGGCAUUCAUGGAGAAAGACCCAUCUACUCCACCUUCUAAAGAGGCAUUCAACGAGGAUUCUCGAGUCAUGAUAGUGGGAGGGAGUGGGACAACCGCAACGACCUUGACCACGACACUAUUCUACCUCAUCAAGAACCUUGCGAUUCUGCACAAGGCGUUGACUCAAGUCGACUCCGCUCUGCCUGGUUCUGAAGACUGGACGUACGAAAAGCUAAAGCCGCCCGUACUCGUCGGUGGCUCCCGUGUUACUCCACCAAACGGCCUUCAGGUAGAUGAGAGAUUCAUCCCGGGAGAUGUUAAUGUUAUUGUGCCAAUUCAGCUCCUCCACACAGAUUCAAGGUACUGGAAACAGUCAAAGGAGUUCAUUCCAACGAUAUUUAGCGAAAGACAGAAGGAGCUUGGUAUUAGUGAUGCCCCUUUCUUCCCUUUCCAGCUUGGUGCAUGA